GCGCGGCGUGACGCACCGCGGGCGAGGCCGGCGGGCGGUGUGGCUCCCGGGAAGGAGCGGAGCCUCCGGGCAGCCGGUUGCGCGUGCCCGCUGCCGCCUCUCGGUGGUGGCCGUGAUGCGCUCCGCUCACGGCUCCCCGCCCCUGGGACUCCCGGCCGCCGAGUCGGGCGCUGCAGAACGGUUCAACUAUCACACACAAAAAAAUGUUUAGAUCAGAGUUCCUGUGUCAUGAAGAAUUUUUAAGCUAGGCUUUCUUGAUCUACCCAGAAGAGGAUUUGAUGCUGGAAACGGAAGAUAUCAGUCAAAGGAGGGUUCUGAUUCUGGGAGGACACGUUGUUGCUGUAAUAGUGGUUGAAGACUGACUCCCAGAACAUUGCCUGACCUCUGACCUGUCAGCAUGGGGAGACUUGGCAUCUCCUGUCUUUUUCCUGCUUCCUGGCAUUUUAGCAUCUCUCCAGUGGGAUGUCCUCGAAUUUUGAAUACCAAUUUACGCCAAAUUGUUGUUAUUAGUAUUCUGGCUGCUGCUGUUUCACUUUUAUACUUUUCUGUUGUCAUAAUCCGAAAUAAAUAUGGGCGACUAUCCAGAGACAAAAAGUUUCAAAGGUACUUGGCACGAGUCACUGACAUUGAAGCUACAGACACCAAUAACCCCAAUGUGAACUAUGGUAUCGUGGUGGACUGUGGUAGCAGUGGGUCUCGAAUAUUUGUCUAUUGCUGGCCCAGGCAUAAUGGCAAUCCUCAUGACCUGUUGGAUAUCAGACAAAUGAGGGAUAAAAACCGAAAGCCAGUGGUUAUGAAAAUAAAACCAGGCAUUUCAGAAUUUGCUACCUCUCCAGAGAAAGUCAGUGAUUACAUUUCUCCGCUCCUGAACUUCGCUGCAGAGCAUGUGCCUCGGGCAAAACACAAAGAAACCCCUCUCUACAUUCUUUGCACAGCUGGAAUGAGGGUCCUUCCUGAAAGCCAGCAGAAAGCCAUCCUGGAAGACCUUCUGACUGAUAUCCCCGUGCAUUUUGACUUUCUGUUUUCUGACUCGCAUGCAGAAGUAAUUUCAGGGAAACAGGAAGGUGUGUAUGCUUGGAUCGGCAUUAAUUUUGUCCUCGGACGAUUUGAGCAUAUUGAAGAUGAUGAUGAGGCAUUUGUGGAGGUUAACAUUCCUGGAAGUGAGAGCAGGGAAGCCAUUCUCCGGAAAAGAACUGCCGGUAUUCUCGACAUGGGAGGCGUGUCAACUCAGAUAGCAUACGAAGUCCCCAAAACUGUAAGCUUUGCCUCCUCACAGCAGGAAGAAGUAGCUAAGAACUUGCUGGCUGAAUUUAACCUUGGAUGUGAUGUUCACCAGACUGAGCAUGUGUACCGAGUCUAUGUGGCCACAUUUCUUGGGUUUGGUGGCAAUGCAGCUCGACAGAGAUAUGAAGACAAGAUAUUUGCCAACACGUUUCAAAAGAACAGGCUCCUGGGGAAGCAGACUGGUCUAGCUCCUGACACUCCAUACCUGGACCCCUGCUUACCCCUAGACAUUAAAGAUGAAAUCCAGCAAAAUGGGCAGACCAUGUACCUGCGAGGAACGGGAGACUUUGACCUGUGCCGAGAGACUCUCCAGCCUUUCAUGAACAAAACAAACGAGACACAGACUUCCCUCAAUGGUGUCUACCAGCCCCCCAUCCACUUCCAGAACAGCGAGUUCUAUGGCUUUUCUGAAUUCUACUACUGCACUGAAGAUGUGUUACGAAUGGGAGGAGACUACAAUGCGGUUGCGUUUACUAAAGCUGCAAAGGAUUAUUGUGCAACAAAGUGGUCGAUCUUACGAGAGCGCUUUGACCGAGGACUGUAUGCCUCUCACGCUGACCUCCACAGGCUAAAGUACCAGUGCUUCAAGUCUGCCUGGAUGUUCGAGGUGUUUCACAGGGGCUUCUCCUUUCCUGUCAACUAUAAAACCCUAAAGACAGCCUUGCAGGUUUAUGACAAGGAGGUGCAGUGGACCCUUGGAGCAAUCCUCUACAGGACCCGCUUUUUACCCUUAAGAGAUAUCCAGCAGGAGGCCUUCCGGGCCAGUCACGCUCACUGGCGGGGCUUCUCCUUUGUCUACAACCACUACCUGUUCUCCGGCUGCUUCCUGGUGGUCCUGCUCUCCAUCCUCCUCUACCUGCUGCGGCUCCGGCGCAUUCACAGGCGGAUGCUGCGCAGUGGGGCAGCCGCCACCCUCUGGCUGGAGGAGGGCCUUCCGGUCCAGAAGAUUGCGGGAACCUUGUGAACAGGAAGAGGAGUUAGACCGCCAGGAAGACCUUCUAAAGGAAAAGCCAUUUUUGCCUCAGGGUUUCUUCUCUUUAUCUUUGUUUUAUUUUUCCCUUCCCUUUUUGGUCCUUGAAACAAAAACAAAAUCUGUUAUGUGUAAACUGCUGUCCUGGAAGAUUGCAUUUUGUACACAGCUUUAAAUUGAGGAGUAGGGAAAAGGGAAAAUCACUUCAUAUAGGACGUCUGCCAAAAAUUAUGGAGAUUUUUGGUUUUUCUUUAAGGUAUGUUUAAUUUUAAACAGAUGCACUUUGAUAGUGGAGGGAAAUGGCAAAGGUGUUUUCUAUGGUGAAGAUGGGACUGAAGAGUGAGACUUUUACAGAACCCAAAACCUACUGAAUGAAAUUAAAAUGCUUUUCCCUCUAUCUUGAAAGCUCUAACCUAAAGAGGAUGAUGUUUAGUUUUUAUUUAUUGUUUAGGUCUGUCACUAUGUUUUCUUUGCAGGUUCAAAAAAUCAAAACCUAAAAUAGAGAAAUAUAAUAUCCAAAAUGGAGAAAACUAGUUACCAGGAGGUAACUAUUUUUAAAAUUGAUAGUGAAGAGA